AUGGCGGACACUAAUUAAUAUGAACGCAAAUAUUUUCAAGAAGGCCUAUACUUGAAUUGAACCUGAUAUUUAGUCAUCAAAGAAGGUACUUUUAAACUACAUUCAACUAAUCAUGUUUGCAACCAAAAACAGCAUCAUGCUCACACGCACUGCAAGACACAUGCUGAAGAAAUGGGAGACAUCAUCAUUCGCAAUCAGCAGAGCAAAACCUUCUGGUACCAAUGAAUUCCCUGGUAUUUCAUUUGAAACUUUGGAGCGUUCUUAUGGCUCACAAGCAUGGCAUCAUCCGGUAGGAAAAGCACACACACCAAGAACGGUAAAAGCACAACCCAGAUCGUCUGAGAUUGUUCCGAUUGAAAAGAUCGUCGACGGGAGAAGCUUGAGAGUGCUUGAGGAGUUACACGAUGCCUUCUCUACAUCUGCCGUCUUCCAGGCUGUUAGAGAACUUGGUGGAGAUUUAACUGAAGUUCAUGCAGCUCAGGCUAUCAUCAAGCUAUCUCAGAUUCAAAAUCAGAUGGCGACCAGCAUGGAGGACGAUCAAGGAAACUCUACGCAACUUGUAAAAGUGACCGAAGAGAAUCGACUUAGUGUUCAUCGAGACAAGGAAUUUGUGAAGUUGUGCCAGUUGACUCUGCGGCAUGCCAGGGCGUUGGAUUCAAACUCUCUUGUGAAUGUCUUGAAAGCUGUGGUGGAUCUCGGGAUACCUCAGAGUAGUAUGAUGAUCCAGACUCUUCUGGUGAACGCAGAACAUCGACUGAACUCCUUGAACUGCGAUGAAUUGGCGAUGUUAGCGAGCAAGCUGAACAAAAUGCAACAAAAUGACCAGCGUGUGACUGCAUUGCUGCAGGCCAUCGCUCUGCUGGUACCCACACGCAUCGAUACCUGCGCCAAUGUCACAUCGUUGAACACCCUCCUUUACACCACCGGCCAACACCUCGAUAAACGCACACUCUCCCAGAUGGCCAUUCGUAGCAUCGCCAUUUUGAAAGCUAAAGCAGAAACAGACCCACAAGCAGUCGUCAGAGACACCACCAAUACAAUGUUCGCAUUGGAAUCCAUAGGAUACCACAAUCCAGAAUUUCUGAGGGAGGCGUGUGAGAUUCUCACUGCGUAUAUUGAGCACCUACCCCCGGACAUGCUGAGGCGAGUACUAGACUCUCUGCCAAGCUGGCAGUGUUACAGUCCACGCCUCCUGGAGAAAGCCGGGGAUCUGAUAGCGGACAGCAUCAAUGAGUGGAGUUUCAACGACCUCUCAAAAAUCCUUGCCUCCUACUCCGUCCAAAGGUUCCUUCACAAGAAUCUCCUCAACAAACUUGCGACAUCAGUUUGUGAGAGGUCUCUUGAAGGGGUGAAGUUUGGUACCCUUAUCAAACUGGUCACCCCCUUUGCAAAGUUUCAUCAUACUCCAACGGACAUUGGUGUUUUUGAUCUCGUAGAGGAUGCGGCGGAGUGCGAGCUUGAGGAGAGCCAGCGUGAUGAUCUUGGUGUUGUCUACAGACAGUUGGUGAGAUUGACGGAACUGCUGGCUCAGUGUGGAUCUUUCCCUCCUAGUCUGGUGACGAGAGCCCUCAGCAGACGAUCUUUUGAGUCCGGGGAAGCCACCUCCCAUCUACACUUCCUCCGCACCAUGAUCCAACUGGACAGACCGGAGCUCCUACCCCCCGGGGGACAUUCCCCUAGUGAUCGGGAUCAUCCCAUACAUCUGUCACAUCCACUCGGAGCAGCCGACCAUGCGAGUGAAGAUGCAAACGCUGAAGGGAUCCGCAAAUUGAAGGUGUCGUUGGCAGAAGUGUUCAAAGAUGUGACUCAGAAUACACAACGUUGCCUGGCAACCGAUGUAACUGUCGGUCAUGGAUAUACAGUAGAUGUUUUAAUCACAGCCACGAAGCAAGAAGAGCAGACGAUAGCAAUUGACUUGACUCGGCAUGCACAGUAUUGUGCCAACUUCCCAGAACGACCACUCGGCAGAGAAAUAAUCAAGAAACGACACCUGGAGGCCUUGGGUUACACUUUUCACAUGGUUCAUUGCACUGAGUGGGCAUCUCUAGAAACACACAAAGACAGAACAGAGUUCGUCAAACAGAUUCUGGGAGUAAUGCCCUGAUAGUUCCAGCCAGCUAUGGUUUCAGUUAUCUACCAGCCUCAUUAUAACACCUUGAGGAACUUCACCAGUUAAAUUUUUCAGAUAUUGUGACAAAAUGUCCGAAGUUAAAACUGAUAGAAUAAAGAGGGAUGAAUUUUUCAAGAAAUUGGACAGUUAAGGCCUAAAGUUGAAACGGCUAGAAUCUAUAAAUCAUUUAGUAUAAGUGUAGCUUUUCAAGAUUACAAUUUGUUUUGUGAAAAAAAGUUAACCAUCUGCAAUCAUUUCUCUGGAGACAUUUUCUUGUAAAAUCCUUAAGAAAAUAUACUCGAAGACAAUUCAGAGUGACAUUUAUUCUAGAAAUGACAAAACAGACAGUGAGUGAAAAAAGUAUAUAACAAUUGAACUUUAUUCUGUACAGAAAGUUAUUGCAAGAAAAUUACCUUCCAAGAAAAAUAUUACAAGAUUUGGUAGAUUCUUGUUGCCAUGGAUACAAGGUGGAACUCCCCCCUUCUACCUUUAUUAGAAAAGGACAAGGAUGUGGAUAACAAAUUAUUUGUUUUAAAAUUUCAUUACAUUUUAAUGAAGUAUUUCGAGAACCCAAGACAGCUAAUUUCGUUGGUUUUUUUUACAAUGUGUUUACAAGAUGGAAAUAGUGCAUUGUUUUCACCUUUUAUCCCUUCUGACUCGCACAACGAAACAAACCAUGAACACUGUCUUUUUUGUCAACUCAACCAAUCCUGUAUAUUACCUUUAAUGUUUUUGAGGGGGAAAAGUAGUCCGUAUGUAACACUUGAAUUUGUCAUUUAGACCAACAUUUCACCACAAGAACACUUCAAACAUGUCCCGCUCCCAGUCCCUUUUAAAUUGAAACCGUCAUUACAUUUAUAACCGAUCAGAAGAUUACGGAGAGUAGAGGAAAAGUCUGCUGCAAGAAAUUUUGAAUAAAGGAACGGUGCAGAGAAGCCGAUGUCUUAAUGCCUUUGAUAAUGGAAUAAGAAUACAAUAAAUAGCUUCUGUAAGCUUGUUACCAGACCAAAAUAGUUUGUGGUAUAAGUAAAACGAGUCGUAAUUGCCUAUCUAUUUUUACCAUAGCUGAAUCUUUCUGAAAACAAACACUAAACUUUAAAAACCAUAAAAUGCACCUCGAUCUCCUUGAAAUGCAUUUCUGGAAAGUGUUUGUGAAACACAAAAGUCCACAGAUUUAAAUUAAAUUUCCACAGUUUGUGGAAAGGCUUGCCUGAAAAUAUUACUUGCUGAGGUGCUGCUUUGUGAUGUUCAGUUUUUGUUUCUCAAAAACUUGACAACUAUUGAAGCUGAAACUUCUACAGGUAAAUUUUAAUUAUUACAAACAUCUUCUUUCACGGUUUAGUAAGGAUUCAUUUCAUGGCCAAAAACGUGAACUACAAAAUGUACCAAAACCCUUCAAAAAUUUCAAAAUAUUCUACAUAUUAUUGGAUUGAUAUAUUUUACCCGAACGCGGAACCUCUUCGAGUACCUUUGACUAGGUCAAUAAAACAUCACCCGAGCCCUUUUCGCGUUUAUCUCUAGAGGGACGCCCUCUUGCCCAAGGCAGUUGAGGAAACUUAAAGAUCAUUUUACUCUGUGGGUGUUUACACAUAACCAGGGUUACAACGACAAAUUGAAAAAGGAUGCGAAGUGUGCUGAUUUUGGGAAACUAUGAUGUCUCGUUUACAAUAUCUCUUUUACAAUGUAAGAGCAAUAUAAGCUAGACGUCCUACGGAUCAAACAACCGUCAUGUCCCUUAGUCUAACACUUUGCAUAGCUCGAUAUUCCUCCUACUUUAGUAAGAUUUAAAAAAGAAAAUCCCCUGGAAAAAAUAGCCUGAAAAUUCUAUUAAAGGCAGUGAUGGACACUAUUGGUAAUCGAUCAUAAUAAUUAUCGGCAUAAAACCUCAUUUGG